UACGGGGAUAUAACCUAGUGUAUUUGUAUGUGUUGAAAAUUUGCGAAUGGCAAUACAUGCGGAAAUAAAACACAGAUAAACUUAUCUUGUUGAGCGUAACAAAUUUCCUGCACCCCAUCCGCUAUCUCUAAGUAGUCGAAGAAGAAGAAGAAACAAUGAUCCUUCUUCAAUCACGAAUUUCGCCUCCUCUGAAGCUACCGCUAAUUGGGUCUCAUGCUUCUGUCUUCAUUCUCCGCAAACUUCCCAUCACUCGUCAACAUUUCUUCCUUCAGGCGUGUAGAAGAGAAAUGGGAACUUUUCAGACAGCUAAAAUCUCUGAUGUACAAAAGAAUUUGAUUAGGAUGUCAGUGUUUUCAAGUGGAUCAAUGGCAUGGGGAAAGCCAGCAGCAGCAGCAGCAAGCCAACAUCUGAAAAUGAAUCCUGUUUAUGAUGUCGGGGAAUUAUUUGAAUUAGGAAUCCAGCUGUCCUACCUUCUUUUGUUGUUAGGAUUGCUUGGUGUUGGAACAUUUUUUGUAAUACGACAAGUUCUUGUCCGCAGAGAACUUGAUCUUUCUGCUAAAGAGUUGCAGGAACAAGUGAGGAGUGGUGACGCAAGUUCAAUGGAGCUGUUUGAGCUAGGGGCAGUGAUGUUAAGAAGGAAGUUCUAUCCAGCUGCUACAAAGUACUUGCUUCAAGCAAUUGAUAAAUGGGAUGGAGAUGACCAGGAUCUUGCCCAGGUUUACAAUGCUUUGGGUGUGAGUUAUGUUCGUGAUGGGAAAACUGACAAGGGAAUAUCUCAGCUUGAAACAGCUGUGAAGAUUCAGCCAGGUUAUGUCACCGCUUGGAACAACUUGGGUGAUGCAUACGAAAAGAAAAAAGAAUACAAAUCAGCUCUAAAAGCAUUUGAGGAAGCCCUACUGUUUGAUCCUAACAACACCGUGGCACGCCCCAGGCGAGAUGCCUUGAAAGAAAAAGUGCAACUGUAUAAAGGAGUUCCUCUCAAGUCUAAGCAGAAAUGAUUUACAAUUUCAUUUUUCUUUUUCUUUUUUUCAUUUUCAAUUUGUUAUGUGAUUGCAAAUUUAUAUAGCUCUAGAAAUUUUGAUUGUGCUGUUUGUAGAAACAGUACAUACGUUACUUCUAUGUUGUUGGAGAAUACAGUCAUAUCAAUGACAUUAUGUCAGCCAAGUUGCCACUUGAUGACAUCAAUCUAUAUAUCCCCCAUCAGUUUUUUUA